UCGCGCCAUUUAAUAAGUCGUCCCCCUUCCUGCGAGGCCAUAAGUACAUGGUGAUCAAAAUAUCGCCAGUAUUUUGGUGAAUUUCUCGCAACAAAGAUGGGAACAACGGAGCAAACUGAUGAAUGGGCUAGGAACUUUUACAACGAUGUCUGUUCCAACCUCAAUAUGGACCAGAUCGCUGCAGAAGAGGCAUGGAGCAGCUACUCCAGUACCAAGAUCAACUUCACCCUGGAGGGCGAUCAACGUCAUUGGCUUUGCUGCGCACUGUAUGCUGCCUGUAGACGUUCCAGAGGAGCUUCCAUCGCUGGCUCCGGAUCAGAGUUUGAAAGCAAUGGUGUUCCAUUUAUGCGACUCUUGAAACUCUGCAACAUCAGUUUGGUGCAAUUCUUGGAAAAGGCAAAAAAGUGGAGUGAUAUGGCCAAUGUUGGAGCCGAAUUCAAGGACCGGCUGAAUCAGAUGGAAAGGAAAUUUGCAGUUUCGAUGGUCAUCUACAAAAAGUAUCGAUUGAUUUACACAGACAUCUUCAUGAAGCCCGAAGCACCAGCUAACGAAAAUCAGAAGGGUUCAAGGCCGAGAAAACCAAAGAACGCGCCGUGCACUCCUGCUCAGGUGUUUGACUUCACUUGGACCCUGUUCGUCAGCUCAAAAUCAGAAAUUCCAGACAUUCUGGAUGAUCUUGUGAAUUCGUACCACCUUCUUCUGGUCUGCCUCAACUUUGUUUUUGGCAACUCCAUUCUUGCAGACCGUCGAGAUCUCAUCAAUCCUCAGUUCAUGGGCCUUCCUCAUAACUUCCUUAAAACUGAUUACGAAGUUCCGGAUGAGCCUCCCAGUAUUCUCUCUGAACUCUGCCGCAGCCAUGACGGAAUAUUGCACGAGGCCGAGGGAAUCCAGAGCUACUGGUUCAAUAAGCUGAUUGAAAAACAUUUUGAAAAGGAGAUUUUGCGUGGUAACGCACCUACUGAUGGUGGAGCUCGCAGUGGACUUCUUGAGCCGACUUCCUUUGAGGCAAACUUCAAAGCUGUUAACAAAGCAUAUGAAGAUUUUGUUCUGAACAAGGGUGACUUUGAUGAGCGCGCCUUCUUAAGUUCGGAAGAAGAGUUCACUCUGGAGGUCGGAUCUCCUACGAAACUGUUUGAGGUCAACGAUUGCAUGCAGAACUGGAGAAUUCCCGGCAUGAGCAGUUUUACAAAAAUGACUCCCCUGACUGGCCAUUACUUAGGCAAAACGGAAACAAAUCCACGAGUCUCUCCUAUUUCAACAGCUAUAGAGGCUGUCAUCAAGCUGCAGGCCAUGCUGAAAGGCAGAGAAGCCAAGCCGAGCGCCACUCUGAACAAAAUCUAUGACGGAUGCCCAACAAAUCCUCAAGCUGCAAUUGAGAAAAGGAUUUCCAAAAUGGGCGAACAUUUCAUCACUGCCUAUACUAGGCAGACAAAGGAAAUUCCAGGUUCACACAUUGAGUUUGCCAAAAAGCGCCUUCAACUUGGAACAACACUGUUUUACAUGCUGUUGGAACAAACCACUCUUGACGAGCAACAGAAAAAGGGCAAUGGUGGAAUUCCCGCUCUGUUGGAGAAUGAUUUGUGCCAGAAAGCCCUCUUUGCUGUUUGCCUGGAGGUGGUUCUUUUCUCAUACAACAGUCAACGCAAAUUCCCUUGGAUCCUUGAUACUCUCGACUUGGAGCCGUACUACUUCUACAAAGUCAUUGAGGUUGUUGUCAUAGCAACUCUUGACAAAUUGUCCCGCGGAACCAUCAAAAACUUGCAAUUUAUCGAAGAGCAAAUUCUGGAGAGCUUCGUAUGGAACAGGUCAAGUCCGUUGUGGAAGGCAAUAGAUGCUCUCAAAGGAAGUCCGCUACCCACUUACGAGGAGGUUAAGCUGCCUGAUGAUGACGGCAUUCAAGCGCUUUUGUCCCCUGCUGGCUCGAACCUUGGUUCGCCCAUCAGAAAUCUUAUCAGUGCCCGAUCAGGACAAAGUUUGCUGACGACUUCCACUGGUGCUCGAGUGGCGAUCAACAUUGCCACUGUCCAAGGAGGUGAUGGCCAAAGAUAUAUCCCGAUCUCCGUACAGAGUGGAGGCAACGUCAUCAUUCAAGGACAAUCCUCCAGAGAUGGCUCCAAACCAAAAGUAACUGGUGCGCUUGCAAUGUUCCUCAGAAAGUUCUAUUACCUUGCUUCGACGAGACUGAAGGCACUUUGCAAAAUGCUCAACCUUGGUGAAGAAGACGUUAAGAAAAUUUGGACCAAUCUCGAGUUCUCCAUCACACAUCACUCCUAUUCCUUGCUCAGAGACCGCCACUUGGACCAACUUAUAAUGUGUGCCAUAUAUGUGGUUUGCAAAGUCACAAGUCAAAACAGGGAGUUCCGAACAAUAAUGCAUCACUAUAGAGACCUGCCGCAGUCAGCGUCUCACGUGUACAGAAAAGUCUUGCUCCGAAGGAGAGAAGACGGGUCUGAGGAGAGGGGUGAUCUCAUAAUCUUCUACAACAACGUCUACGUCCAGCACAUGCGAAAUUUCUCUGUAAAAUUCUCCGACUCGGCCAACCCAGAUUCCUUGCUGCUGUCCCCAUUGCCUACCCCCAAAAUAGCCCCCAUGUCACCGAAGGUGCAAAUAAACGGUAACAAAAUCUACAUCAGCACCUUGGAUAGAUCCAGUCUUGUUGACUCUCCAAUCAAAGCACCUGGAACCUUGCAAUAUUUAUUCAGCAGAAGUCCCAAUGAUACUCUGAGGCAAAUCAAUAAGUUGGUGAGCUCACCUGUGCCUAUGCUUGGCAAGCGCACCAUUAACUUAGACGAUACCGAGACCACUGAAGAAGCAAACACAGAUGUCUCGCCUGCCAAAAAGCCUACGGCCGUCGUUCGGAAAAUUCAGCACAUUCUCGACGAGAGGCUCAGCAAGAGCCAAGAGUAGGAUACUUUUGUUCUUAACAUACCUUCUAACAUGCAUACAAUAUGCAAUCAUUUGUAAAUAGAGUCGAGUCUCUUAAAAGGAAAAAUAUAUAAUAUGUCAUCUACGGGCUUUGGCAGACCUAAAAACUCCCAAAAUUUAUCAACAGGUUAUUUUUUUAGUAUUAAAACUUAGGAUUUUGUUGUUUGGUUUCCUCAAAAUUGCACAAUGGGACAAGCCUAAUGGCAAUUUUAUAAAAAUUUAUUUCACAUUAUUUAUAGAAGUUUUAAAUUGUGAACUUAAUAACCAAAGUAUACUUUUAUUUGUAAAUUUUGUAAUUCAAUAAAAGAAACCUCAGCCCUUGAAGGUUUUGGAGAUGAAGUGUUGGGCGCAAAGCAACCCUAACAAUAUCCUCGAUGCCAAUUUUUAUAGGAAGGUGUUCUUGUCUCACAUUAUGGAAUUUGUCAUUUUUAAACUUAUUGCAAUUCAGUGGAAUUGUUGCAGUCGAAUUGAUUUAAUUAACGAUAAUUAACAUAAUGAAAUUAUUAUAAAACGCGAUUUUUUCACAGCAGCUGGUAUAUGUUAUAAAAAAGAGCUGUAAAAAAAUAAAAAGUUUGCUUGUUUACCGCAUUUUA